CUUUCUUUUUCUCUUUCUCAUAUUUUAUGGUUGUUCAAUCCAUUCCUAUUGUUGAUUUUGCCAAAUUUGAAGAGAAUCCAAAUAAAGUAGCUCAACAGGUAUUCGAUGCUUGUAAGUCUAUCGGAUUCUUUUACAUCAUAAACCACACCAUCCCUCAAGGAGAUAUUGACAAGGCCUUUGAGUUGAGCAAAGAGUUUUUUAACUUGCCACAAGAAGAGAGACGCAAAUACUUGAUUAGUAAAGAUAAUCAUGGCUAUUCAGAACUGUACAGUGAAAGACUGGAUCCUGAACAUCAGAAACAAGGAGAUCAUAAAGAGGGCUUCAACUUUCGCAACUUCAUCAAUGGAGAGCCUUUUGAACCCCUUCCCUCUGUCUUUGAUAAGGAAAAGGACUUUUUGUGUUAUUUCUCACAGAUAUGUUAUAAAACAGCUCUACAAAUAUUACUUGCAUUUGGUAUUGCAUUAGAGAUCCCAGAAGAUAAAGGCGGUAAAGAAUUCUUUGUGAAGGCUCAUUCAUAUGAAAACUCUGGAGAUAUCCUUCGUUUUCUUAAAUAUCCUCGAGGAGGAGAAACUGAUGUCAAGGAUCCUGUCAGAGCUGGUGCUCAUUCUGACUAUGGAUCAAUCACCCUGCUGUUUCAAAAAGACAUUCCCGGCUUGGAAGUACAAGCAAGUCGCACCGAAUGGAUUUCAGCCCCAUUGAUCGAAGGUGCUAUCUUGGUCAAUGUAGGCGACCAGAUGGAACUGUGGACAAAUGGACUAUUUAAAUCUACUUUACAUCGUGUUGUGUUUUUACCUGAGCAUAAACACCUCGAUCGCUACUCAAUGCCAUUCUUUGUUCAUCCUGAUGAUAAUGUCCCAUUAUCCCCUGUCCCUUCAAAGCAUGUUGAUCAAUCAUCAAAGACGGAUGGUCAUACUCUUACUGCAGGAGAACAUUUGAGAAAUCGAUUGGAUGCUACUUAUACUUAUGGAAAGAAAUGAAGAAAAUAAAAAACCUCCCCAUUGACUACGGUUUCUCUUUUUGAAAUUCUAAAAAU